UCACUGACGUGAACCUUUCGAUUUGAUGUGUGAUCGUUACAUAUCCAGCGUGCUCCCGGAUACGUGUACCUGUGCUUACGUGUACGGGGCAUGUACGCGGGGCUCGAUAAUCGCGAUCUGACGUCGCAGACGCACGAAGUGGUCCGCGUUCGCGUAUCAUACAAGAUUCGACAGACAUGACCAUCAAACUGAAGCUAAAAGAUGUGAAGGACAAGCUGAAAGAUGACACCCUGGACCUCAGCUUGUGCGACCUGGAAGAAGUACCUGUGCGAGAAAUUGCAUCUCUUAGGAAAGCCACAAAUGUCAAUUUAUCAACCAAUCUUCUGGUUUCGCUGCCGGCCACUUUUGUUACAUUGAAACAAAUUGUAAAAUUAGAUCUUAGUAGAAAUAUGUUGGUCGAACUUCCUGAAAAUUUUGGUGAGAUGACUCAAUUAAAACAUUUGGAUUUAUAUGCUAAUAAGAUCAGCAGAUUACCUUUGAGCCUAAGUGAAUUAAAAAAUUUAAAGUGGUUAGAUUUGAAAGAAAAUCCUUUGACCGAGGCUGUAGCCAGCGUUGCGGGACCAUGCAGUAAUAUGCGCGAGUGUCAGGCAUGUGCUCGUAAUAUCGUCACUUAUUUGUCCAACGUUAAACUUGUCAUUGAGGAAGAGAGAUUACGUAGAUUAAAUAAUAUCACAGACAAGGAGGUACCAAGUACAAAAAAGGAGAACAAGAAGAAAAAGAGAAAGAAGGAUAUCGAAAAAGAGAAGAUGAAUGGAAAUAAAACUGAUUCUCCAAAACAGAGCGAGGGAUGCUUGCAAGACAAUAAUGAUAGUGUAAGAUUAACGGGAUCAUCUAAUAAUAUGUCUAUGCGUAAAUCAGAUAAAUCGACAGGUUCAGAAUUAUGCCGAUCUUUCAUGUGCGUGAUUGUGAGCUUUUUCAUGAUCAGCUCGGUAUUGAUUAUAGCAAUGAUGCUUUCAUGGCGUUAUGAGCAAGAGACAGACAUGUUUCUGCAAAAUGCGCAGACAUUUUCAGGGCUGCCGUUAAAGAAUUAUCACCGACAGACUACGGAUUAUUUGCAGCAUAUAAUAAAGAUCGCGACUGUCCAGAUCAAGUUGAUUAUUGAUGCUGUAAGCAAUUUCUACAGAACUCAAUUCGAAAGCAGCACAAGUAAGGAAACGAAAGAAUUAUAAAAUUAUUUGUCUAUUUCUGUUAUAUUUAAUUAUAAAACUUGGUAAGAUCGGAAGGCUUUUGAAUUUGAAGAAGAUAACUGGA